GGUCUGACAGGACGUCGAUCGCUGCGGCGCCAUGAAUAUCUUACCCAAAAAAAGCUGGCACGUCCGAAAUAAGGACAAUGUCGCUCGCGUGCGGCGUGACGAGGCCCAGGCCCGAGAGGAGGAGAAGGAGCGCGAGCGGAGAGUGCUGCUCGCUCAGCAAGAGGCCCGCACAGAAUUCCUACGGAAGAAAGCCAGGAGUCACUGCGCUUUGCCUGAACUUGAAGCCGCAGAGGCAGGAGCUCAAAGUUCUGGCCCUGUGGACCUGUUCCGGGACCUGCUGGAAGAAGGGAAAGGAGUGACCAGAGGCAAUAAAGAGUAUGAGGAAGAAAAACGACAGGAGAAAGAGAGGCAAGAGAAAGCACUGGGCAUCCUGACAUACUUGGGUCAGAGUGCAGCAGAGGCCCAGACUCAACCCCCUUGGUACCAACUCCCCCCAGGGCGAGGGGGUCCCCCGCCUGGCCCAGCCCCAGAUGAGAAGAUCAAGAGCCGUCUAGACCCCUUGCGGGAGAUGCAAAAGCAUCUGGGAAAGAAGAAGAAGCACAGCAUGGAAGAAAGCCAUCCUGCCAGGGAGAAGCAGCGCCCCAAAGAGCCCCCAACCCUGGAUCAGCUUCGGGCUGAGCGUCUUCGGAGGGAAGCAGCCGAGAGAGUGCGGGCUGAGGCCCUGCUGGCGCGGGUUCAAGGCCGGGCAUCCCAAGGUGAGCCCGAGGAGGAAGAGACGGAUGACCGACGCCGGCGGUACAAUUCCCAGUUCAACCCCCAGCUGGCCAGGCGGCCCCGCCGGCAGGACCCCCCUCUUGCUCGCUAACUUCUGGGGGGAAUGGGGUAGGAUACAAGAGAGGUUGCUAC